CCCAGAGCAUGGAGCUGCCCCGUGAUCUUCCGACCGGCUCCUACAACAUCGGUGAAAGGAGGGAGGAUGUCCUGCAGAGACGUCGCAAAUAUAUUGAGAAGCCAAUGGAACAAGCAAGUGGUGAUCAGAAGGACAUCCCCUCGUACCUAAGGGAGCUUCCAACUGAAGAUGUUGAGAAGGACCACCCGGAGUGUCAGAGCAGUCUGCUGUCGCGGGUGGCCGGUGGCGUUCUCGGAGCGACCAAGGGGGCUGUCGGGGCCACGGUGGGCGGAGUGGCCUGGCUGGGCAUCAAGGGCUACACGGUGACCAGGACAACCGUCACCGCGGUGCCAACACUGGGCAUCGGGCUGCUCAGAGGAGGGGCAUCCAGCCUGGCCGGGGGGGUGUCUGCCGUGGGAUCCGCCGUUAAGAACAAAGUCCCUUUCCCCCACAAAAGAAAAGACAAAUGGGAUUGAAAGUGGUGCGUGAGGGAACCCCCUCGUUUCAGGGGCUCAAGUCAUUUGGUGGACCAACCAGGCAAAGUGGGGACAGCAACUUUUGUUCCUGAGAGCGCUCUCCCACCAGCCAGGAAAAGGACGGCUCCGUUUCCUGGCAUUCAUUAAUCAUGCCCACUUGCGAUUUGUGUGUGUUUUUUGUGUGUGUGUGGAAAAGAACUUGUGACAAAUGCCCACUCUCGGUUUCACGUUAUUGGCGAUAAGAAAUGCAAUCAGGAACAUAAACUUUGCCAAUCCAGUCGUUGGAUGUUCUGUUGAAAGCUGGACACGUCUCGGGGCAACCUAGUGUUCUGCCAAAAGGGUAGCUAUUCCAAGCAAAAAGGUAAUCCAUAAGGGAACAGAAAAACAAAUGGAAAUUGGGUGAAUUUACACACCGGAGAUUCAUAUUGCAA